UCUGAAUUUGCUACGAAAAUAAAUUUUUUCGAAUAUGAUUUAUGAUUUGUUUAUUAAAAGCUUUCAUAUUAUGUUUAAACAUUGAAUUCUUUAUAACUCUUGAAGAUUCAAAAUUUUGUAUAUAUCGUUGUAAAUUUUCAAAAACAUGCUAUUCAGUUUCACAGAAAUGUGAUGAAAUUGUUGAUUGCUGUACACCAGAAUCAAAGGACGAUCAGACAGAUGAAUCGGAUUGCGGAACCAUUCUGUCUCCUAAACCUCCAUCAAUAAUAGAAACGCUGGAAGGACGAAAUCUUCAGAUUACUUUCAAUAUACUCCAAAACUAUACAGGCCAAGAUUACCAGACUAUCUGGCUAAUUAACGACGUUUAUUUGAACACCAACGCAUUUUUAGACAACGUCUAUCAGGCCCAAUUAACCGAAGGCAAUCCCAAGAGCUACAUAUUUACUAUCUUCUCUCCCGAAAUCUCCAUGAAUAACAUGACGCUCACCUUCCAAAUCAUAGAUAGGAGACGGACUUACGAAAGCGUGUGCAACAGGAAAGCUAGUAUGAAGGGUUCCUUCGAUAUGAAACUACUCGUUAGAAAACGACCCGAUAAGCCCGUAAUUUCUUUACAAAAUAGGCCAGAUCCCGCUAUAGGUAACAAUUUUAUAUUAACGUGUACGAGUAGAGAAGGCUAUGUCAGACCCACCAUAUCAUGGGUCAAGACUUUUAACGAUAUAACCUCAGAAUCAAGUCAGCCCAUGAUAGCGGACAUUCUGGAUGACAAAAAAGUAAGCAGUUCCAUGCAAAUCAAUUCGCCUCAAAAGUAUGCCGGUACUGCGCUAUAUUGUAAAACGAAUUAUGUAUACCUCAACGAAAGUAUGUCCGAUCAAAACGAGCCCAUCAUUUUGAAUCCCCCCAAGAUUCAAUACAUUUCGGCUGAGGGAGAGCUAAUCGUCAAAUUCGGCUCCGCUCUAAAUCUAACCUGUAGUGCUUCCGGCUUUCCGCCUCCGUUUUAUAAAUGGGCCUAUUCUAGCUCCCCAAUUGUUUCCACUACUUCUCCAAAAUCCUCCCAACCGAAAAAGGCUGGUUCUUCGAUAGGAAACAUAUUCAGCUUUCUGUCGCCACUGGCAGGAGGCAAAAAUAAACUAACGUACAUCAAGAAGGAAUACGUUUCAUUCCCGGACGUUUCCACCAAACAUAGCGGGUACUAUCAAUGCAUCGUGUACAACGAGUUGGGAGAAUCGGUUUCACCUGUUAUUUUGGUGUCUGUGCCAGAUCCGUCAUUGGGUUUCCUAUCAACUUAUUUCACCACUAAGGAAUCACUUAUCGGAUUUGUUAUGGGGAUAAUUAUUUUUAUCAUAAUCGUUGGCUUGAUUAUGUUUUUUGUGUAUGGGAAAGUUGCACGCAUAGUAGAGACUCGAAACAAAUUGCUGAUGGAACAAGCCGCGGAAGCAAAGCGUAAAGCCGACGAGGGUAAGAAGGGUAAGAGAAAAGGUGCCAACGACCCGCAAACUCCUAUUAUUGUAGGGGGUAGAAAAAUUUUAAAGGGGCCUCCCGCUUUGACCGACGCCGAACAACCGUUUAUAUCUGCCAUGGAUCAACCUGUCGUAUUUCCCACCGAAGACGAUAUGGACUUAGGUGGAAUGACUAAGUUUGAUGACGCAAAUUUCGUUCCCCCUGCCUUUUCCCGGGGAGCUCCUAUUGUUAAUAGGGCUGAUGGCGAAUAUAUCCCACAGUUUGAAUACCCAGAUGACGACGACGCACUUAUGAUGAAUAUGCUAAAGAAAUGAGUAUCUUGCCUCUUACCUUUAACUUUAAAUGAACACGAUGAGCUUUAUCACAUUAGGCAUAUUUAUUUGUACAAUAUUUAUUAACGUAAAACAUUGUCUUUGAUUGCAACAUUUUAAGAAAAAAUUUAUCAUAAAAU